GUGUCGUCGUCAGCCCCCACCAUGUCAUUCACAGAGCUGUUUGACAAGUUUGACGAGGUAGCGGCGAGGACGGACGAUGGCCUCAACACGCUCAAGGUCGCUUCCAAGUUUAUCAAGAAGCUCUCGGGCCUGAUGGAGGACUACGGCAAGGGCCUGUCCAAGCUGACCAAGAGCGCGCUCAAGGACCUGCGCAAGUCCAACGAGGAGGGCUCAAACCGUGAUGCCUUUGAGGCUGUGCUCCGAGAGUCUGAGGUCAUUGCGGUCAACUACACGGCGGCUUCGGGCGAGCUGUCGACGGCGGUACUCGACCCGCUCAACGCGUAUCUCAAGAUGAAGGAGAAGGAGCGCAAGACCAUUGUGUCCGAGGGCCAGCACAUGAUCAAGGACCUGCAGUCUGCGUACUCGAACCUGUCCAAGCUCCGGUCGUCGGCACACAAGGCGUCCGAUUCUGCACAGAAGGCACAGGAGACGUACGCCAAGGCCGACUCGGACCCGGGCGCCAACCCUGCGGCGGUGAUGAAGGCGUCGAGCAAGGCCGAGUCGGCGCUAGCCAAGGCCGAGGCUGCCGACGCUGUGUAUGCCGAAGGUGUGACGACGACCAACGCGCUGCAGGUCGACUUUUACGACAACCUCUUCCCGCGCGUCCUGACCUCGAUGGAGGAUCUCGACCGCGACCGCAUCGAGCAGCUGCGGUCGACCAUGGCGUCUCUCGUCACGACCCAGCGCGAGCUGCUGCCGCGGACGGAGAACUCGCUGGCGACGAUGGCCGACGCCGUCGACGCCAUCGACACCUCGGGCGACAUUGCCAUGUUUGUCAACAAGGAGGUCUCGGGCGCCUCACACCCGUCGUCGCUGCCGUACGAGGCGCCGGCGUUCCUGUCCUCGCUCGGCAAGGCGUCGUCGGUGUCGGCGUCGCCGGCGCCUUCAGGCGGCUCGAUGUCGGCCAGGCCCCCUGCGCCGCGCCCGACCUCCACCGUUGCCGGUCCCGGGCCGACCCGCGGCAAGGACGUGGCCUCGAUGUCGCCCCAGGAGCUCGAGGACCGUCUCGCUGCCAUUGACGCCGAGGUCUCGGCCGAGGUCAAGACCAAGAAGGGUAUCGCCACUCUCGUCGACUGCUACGAGCCGGGCUCCGCCGCCAAGCUCGAGGUCGAGCAGCAGAUCCGCGACUGUGAGGCCAAGAUCGAGACGCUCAACAACGAAAAGGUCGAGAUCGAGGCUGCCCUCGGCGUCACCUCGGGCUACGCCGACGGCGGCAUGGGCGCCUAUGACGACUACGGCGGUGACGAGCAGCCCGAAGUCCAUGCCACUGCCCUCUACGACUAUGAAGCCCAGGGUGACGGCGAGCUCUCCUUUGCCGAAGGCGACGUCCUCCGCGUCCUCCUCCAGGACGACUCGGGCUGGUGGGAGGCCGAGCUCAACGGCGUUAUCGGCGUCGUGCCGUCCAACUACCUCCAGGCCUGAGUUUUCAUCGUGUGCCAAUUGAACGUGUUGCCUACUUGCA